CGCUGUUCUCCGUUCUGGCGCGGGAGAGACCAAAACAACAAGGCUGGCAGCCGUGUAGAGGUUAGUUAACAUGGAAGAUGACUUUGAUCUGUCUGUUUCUCCCCCUGCUUCUCCCUGUAACUUGGAAUGUGAAGGGGAAGUGAACAUCUCAAAGCCACCUUGCUUUUCAUGUUUGCCUGAGUCUGGCACAGAGGGCAAAUAUUUCAUUUCUUCAGAUGGCUACAUCAAAAGGGGGUAUCUUAAGCGUCUCCUUUUGAGAUUAGAUCCUUCCCCAACUGAUUUUGAGACUGAUUUAGUUGAGCUGUUUGGUUUUUCCUGGGUGACUGAAAUGGCACUUGUUGAAUCAACAAAAGUCCUGUUUGGCUUCUUCAGGCAGCAGUUACUGAAAUUGGAAAAUCUGGUUGAAUCAAGCUCCCAUGACUUUGGGCAUGCUAGUAGUAUGCAUUAUGAAGCUGAAGAAAUAAGAAAGCACUGUGUGAAAUUUCUACAGUAUGUAAAAGUGUUUAUUUCAAGGUUUUUUGACAUCUCAAGGAUAACUGAUAAUCAGCCACAGCACCCAUAUGAGGAAUUAGAAGUCCAGCUCCCUUCUGUUCUUCUGGAGGAACUCCAUUCCAUUGUCAUUUACAUAGGGUGUAUUCGUGAUUUGCCCAAUAAUAUCCAGGUGGCUUUUUCCAUACAAAACUACGGAAAGCUUCUCCCACCCUCCUGGCAUUUUUUACAUCUUCAGCUGGAUAUUCAUUGGUCAAUACUAGAAAUUCUUCAUGUGCUGGGAGAAAAAAUGUUGGGUCAAGUAGUGUAUGCCCAUCAGUUUAUGAAUUUAACUGGGGAGACUCUCACAAACAUCAGUCUUUUUGAUUGUGUUUGCACCAAUCUUUUGUGUGAUUUUAUUGCAUUAGCAAUAAACAGAUAUGGCAAGGUUAGACCAACUGAUGCUAUUACAUGCUUUCCUUUUCCAUGUAACUGUAUAAGAGAACUCUUGAUAAUGAUGAUCAGUCUUCUAGAUCAAAAAAGUAAAGUGUCUCACACAGAGUCUUUCUGGAAUCACAUUAGCAAAUUGUUAAGGAUAAAUCUUCUCAAUGACAACCGUGGGGAUGAACAUACACAUUUCAGCUUGAAUAGCAAGGACCCACUUGGUUUUAGUUGGUGGUUACUUGUACAUUUAGCAGAACUGUACCAAUAUACUUGGGAUGGCACUGUUGAUGAUAAGAAAAUGAAGGCUAAUUGGAAUUUUGCUGAAAAUCUUCUAAAGUUAUCCUGUGAUGCCAAGGCAGGUGUUUUAGAGGAACAACUCAGAAUGUACUUGCAGUGCUGUUUAACUUUAUGCCGGGUAUGGGAUUCAAACCUUAAUACUGUCACUAUUCUUUGGGAAUAUUAUUGCAAAAAUCUGAACUCCUCUUUUGCCAUUCCUUGGCUUGGCAUAAAAAGUUUAGCAACUGUAAGCAAAACACCGUUUUCUCUACUAGAGCUUGUGAGGAGCUGUUGCAUAGAUGAGCAGAGUCCAGACCUUUAUAAGACAACAAAUAGCUAUCACUUCUUUCUUCGAAUAAUUGCCUUGCAAAUGAGGAAGGAAACAAAUGGGACACACCCUUGGAAGCAAAUUAAAGGAAGGAUUUACUCUAAAUUUCAUCAGAGGAAAAUGCAAGAGUUAAGUGAGACAGGACUCAUGCACUUCCUUUGCCUCUUUCUUCUUUUGGCAAGAACGGCUGAGGUGGAGGAUGUGGUGAGCAGAGCAACAGACCUUUUGGGUACAUUGACAAAAAGCUCCAUUGCUAUUGCAAAUCAGGGGCUCAUAUGGAAAGGACUUUUUGCUUUUCUCCUUAUCUAUGAGGAAAAGGGUCUUGACAUCGGUGCACUGGCAGAUCACUUGUCUUCCAGUUUCCAUCAGGUAGCCAAAGAGUUCUAUCUAAAAACCACAGAUCACUCACGGAAACAAACUUUGUGGAUACUGCUGUCAACAUACAUUGAUGGGGUGCAGGAAGUGAUUGAGAACAGUUCACACCUACACUUGUCAGAGGAAAAACUUUUGAAUGAAGGCUUUAGUAUGCUUUUACCUGCAUGCCAAAUGUCUGAGCUAAACUUCACCUUGAGCUUCCUGCAAACUGUUAUUGCUCAAUUAAGGUGUGUUUACAAACGCUCAGCUCAGUCACUUCAACAAAUCUGUACAGCUGCAGUUCAGAAUGUUCCCCUGUUAUCUGUGGCUAAAGAGCGUCACCUAGCAAUUGCAACAGUAUUGUGGAAGAAUUUCUUUCCAUACCUCAAGAGCCUAAGGCUGUCACAAACACCACCUCCACAGCUUGCUGACACUGCUGCAGGUUUUGCCUUGCUGGCAAUGGACAUGCCCAGCACAGCUCCACCUGACCUUCAACCUCAGCCAUUUCAGUCAAUUAUGCAGAACUUUGGAUGGGAUGAUAUGAUAAAUCCUCAUCUUGUUUCCAGAUUCCUCAGUCACCUUAUUCAGAACAAUGAUGUUUUAUCACAUCUGGCUGGGAAUGGAUUUGCGUCAUUCCAGACUUUCACAAUUCGCUCCUGGUUUCGCUGUGUUCUUCAGAUGCAUGUCAGCAAAACACUUGGAAGUAAAGAAAAAGCAGACACAGGAAAGAAGUAUGAAGAUCAGUUAAUGGAAUUUACUAGACUCGUAUUUAAGCUUCCUGAGAUGGAAACUCUUCUUAUGAAAGCAAAGGUUGAACUAUUUUCAUUAAAACUGGAAAUCAAGCCUGCACUUUCUCUUUUUAUAAAGGUUAUUGGAAAAGCUUACAAUGAACUUCAAAAUCUGUCAGAAAAGUCUGCAAUGGUCUCUAAGGCUUUAGAAUAUGUCGGAGAUAUAUUUAAAUACAUGAAGCCUUAUUUGGUCAACAGUGAUCCACCUGACAGCAUCUUGUUGUUAUACUGGACAGUUGGUUGUCUAUUGAAGUCUUGGGCUCCAAUACUAGCCACUUCCAAAGCACAACAGCUGCUGUGUUCCAUUAUUGAUCGCCUGUUGCUACCAGGUGCCCUUUUGCAGAAAGACAAAGACCUUCCAACUGCUAAAUUAGCAGCAAUAAAAGAAAAUCUUCCCCAGUGCCUUCAGGGUCUCUCAGUUAUUUCAUCUGUCGCACAGUCGCAGGGUAACUAUAUACGGCAACGACUGCACAGCAUCGUUCAUCAGUAUUUAAGUAGAUUUCUUCCAGCAGCACCUUCUCCAUCUGGUAUUGUAAAUCACCCUGUGCUAUUAGCAGUGUGUGAACCUGCCUCCAUUCCUAGUAAUGUCGUACUUCAGAAAGUAAUUCUUCAGGUUGUACUUGACAAUUUUAUGCACUUCAAAGGCUGUGCUCCUCCACCACGAUUAGCUUCUGUUUUAGCAUUUCUUCAUGAACUGUUAAGAAGAACAAAACAAACUGAUCAAAACACCAUCAUUGAAAUACUUCCGGCAGUCCUCAAGUGCCUUCUUUUUGUUAAUGAGCUGCAAGUGAAGAAGUUAAGUUCAGAGAUUGUACAGUUGGUAAUAGAAGACUGCAGAUUAUCAGUGUCAGAAGAAACAAGGAUAAAACUGGCCUCAGUUUUUAGAAAAUUUAUUGAAGAACAUGUGGCAGUUUAUGACCAACAGGUUUACAGUGUUUUGGAGAUGAUUUCUAUUUUGGAUAGGAGUAUAAUUAUCAGUCAAAUCCCUAUUCUCACACAGUCCUUGAUGAACUCUGAACAUAAAAGAGGUGUGGGGAAAAACAAUGCACAAAGGAGUGCAUACAAGAAACUUCUGUCCUGCCUUGGGGAGGAAGGAGAAGCUGAGAUUGCACACCUUGAUGCUGAGUAAUUAAUUAAUAUGAAUGUGUGUUUGCA